GCAGAUGGGUGUCAGGAUGGGUUUAGGGGCUAACGACAGCCUGGAAUCGGACAGCCUGGAAUCCGGGACAGAUUUCCACAUCCAUGCAGGUGUGGAAGAGUCCAGAGCAUCUCUCUGCAGGACGAGAACCUGGGGGAAUCAGGCUGUAACAUGCCCUCAAGCCCCUUUUGAAACCUUCCCAAUCGCCCCCGACAGGCUGAGGAAUCCCAUCCAGAUUUCACUCAAGAUCGUCCCAUCUUCCAUUGGACAGGGAAGGGAAAUGGCCGUGAUGGAGUCAGCUCAGUUGCCGGUGACCUUCGAGGAGGUGGCUGUGUAUUUUACCCAGGGUCAGGGAGCUCUGCUGGACCCCAGUCAGAGAGCCCUCUACAGGGACGUCAUGCAGGAGAACUAUGAGAUGGUGACCUCGCUGGGAUUUCCCAUUCCCAAACCUGAACUGAUCUCCCACCUGGAACGAGGGGAAGAACUGUGGGUCCCGGAUCUCCAGGUCUGUGAGGAAAGAGAGAUCCUGAGAGGCAAUCGCACAGGUGAUGAGACAGUGGAUGAGAAGAAGAAUGGGAAUCAUCAUGAGGAAGUUCCUGGGCAAGUGGAACCACAGGGGACCGUUGUGGGAAGUGCUGAAGGGAGUUUAUCCCAGUGCUUGGAAGAGGGAGAAGCCUGGGGAAAUUGGCACAAGUCAGAGAGGCGAAUGAAAAACCACCCAAGGAAGAAAGUGGAUGAAUCUAUUAUAUGUAGGGGAGGAGACAAGGAUCCCACAGCCCAGCAGACAAAUCCUAAGGAAGAGAAACCCUAUCAGUGCCUCGAAUGUGGAAAAGGGUUCAUUUUCAGAUCACUGCUUGUGACACAUCAGACAAUCCAUACUGGAGGGAAACCCCUUCAAUACUUGGCCCAUGGGGAAAGCUUCAAUAACUGCUCAGAUCUUAAUAACCAUGGGAAAAGCCACAUGGGAGAGAAACCCUAUCAAUGCCUUGAAUGUGGAAACUGUUUGAAUUGGAAAUCAGAAUUAAUUACACAUCAGAGAAUCCAGACAGGGGAGAGACCCCAUAAGUGCUUGGAUUGUGGAAAAAGUUUCAUACAGAGGUCACACCUUGUUAAACAUCAGGCAAUCCACACAGGAGAGAGACCACAUAAGUGCUUGGACUGUGGGAAAAGUUUCAUACAGAGGUCAGACCUCACUAAACAUCAGGCAAUCCACACAGGAGAGAAACCACAUAAGUGCUUGGACUGUGCAAAAAGUUUCAUACAGAGGUCACACCUUAUUAAACAUAAAGUAAUCCACACAGGAGAGAGACCCCACAAGUGCUUGGACUGUGGGAAAAGUUUCAUACAGAGUUCACACCUUAUUAAACAUAAAGCAAUCCACACAGGAGAGAGACCCCACAAGUGCUUGGACUGUGGGAAAAGUUUCAUAUGGAGGUCAGACCUUCUUAAACAUCAGGCAUUCCACAGAGGAGAGAGACCACAGAAGUGUUUGAACUGUGGAAAAAAAUUCAUAUGGAGGUCAGACCUUGUUAAACAUCAGGCAAUCCACACAGGAGAGAGACCUCACAAGUGCUUGGACUGUGGGAAAAGUUUCAUACAGAGUGCACACCUUAUUAAACAUAAAGCAAUCCACACAGGAGAGAGACCCCACAAGUGCUUGGACUGUGGGAAAAGUUUCAUACAGAGGUCAAACCUUCUCAAACAUCAAGCAAUCCACACAGGAGAGAGACCACAGAAGUGCUUAGCCUGUGGAAAAAAUUUCAUACGGAGGUCACACCUUGUUAAACAUCAGGCAAUCCACACAGGAGCUAAACUUCUGUGA